CCAUUCUAUGAUUCUAUGAUUCAAUAUUUUCCUCUUUUCUGUUUAUAAUAACUGCAAGAAUGAGAAUGGGAUGUAGUAAUCCAGAAACCAAGUUCUGCUAAUGGUUUCAAGUGAGCAUCCUCCAAGCAUGUGUUCCGGGCCUGCUCCUCUAUGGAGUAUAUCCACAGACAGCUCAUGUCAAAUUAUUCCGGGUUUUAAAGCUGCUCACCUGGAUCUAUCUGAAUCGAGUGACGUUACUGCUCCUGCUUGCUCACCGCUGUCCAUCAGUAGGAGUUACUAGCCCCACUGCUGUAUCAGAGGGAAGGAUCACCUGAGUUUCUCCUUUUCAGGCAAACCCACUUUGUUCAGCUGAAAUAACUUUUCACUGGAUAUUGAAAACCACCCAUCUGGCUCUGCUGGAAGUGCAUUAGGCAUAAUCCCUCCAGCCAGCUGAGAGAUGGAAUCAGGAUCUCCAUCCAGCAAAGGACUGGCAAUUCAUUAACUGGUACAGCUGUCUGAAACCAGCUUGAGAUUUCCCAGCAGGACUUUGUGUGGAAAACUGAGUUCAUUGGAAGGAUACACAUUAAAAGCAUGUUACUUCUAAGGAGCAAACUUGUGCAAUUGUCCUUCUCAAUUAAAUCAAUGACACAAUUUGUAGCCAAAGUGACUUCUAUAUAAUGGCUUGUUUAUUGAAAAUGAUUCUGUUUGGUAUUAGGAGCUCAUUAAACUGAACUGGUGAAGGAAAAGACAUUGACUUUGGCUUCAUGAGUAAUGUUGUACCAUCCAUUUCCUCUCAAGUUCUGUAUUUACCUUUUUUUUCUGGUUUGUGUUUUUUUUUUUUUUGUUUGUUUGUUUCAUAGCAGACAUUUAGCAAAAUAUUUAAGUUCAUACUUAAAGCUUUCCUUAAUCAGGCAAAUAUAUAGCCCAAUUUCAGGAAAAACACUACGACUUAAUCAGACAUAAGCAUAUACUGAAGAGCUCUCUAUUUAAAAUAUCUGCUUGCCUUGUUCAGAACAGUUUUCCGAAUUUCUGUACAUUUUCAGUCCAGCAGGACAGCUAAAAAGACAAGGAACAGAACUGGGAGCGCCAUAGCUUGAGGACUAAGGUGAUAUACAAAUGCUGUAGCCCCAGUGCAGCCGCAGGACCUUGCACUUGGCCUUGUUGAACAUCAUGAGAUUCACACAGUCCCACCUCUCAAGUGUGUCAAGGUCCCUCUGUAUCCCAUUCCUUCCCUCCAGCGCAUCAACUGAAUGGCACAGCUUAGUGUUGUUGGCAAACUUGCCGAGGGUGCAUCAAUCCUACUGUCCAUGUUGCUGACAAAGAUGUUGAACAGGAUUGGUCCUAACACUGACCCCUGGGGGACACCACUCAUUACCUGUCUCCAGUUGGACACUGAGCCAUUGGCCAUAACUCUCUGAGUGCAACCAUCCAGCCAAUUCCUUAUCCUCUGAGUGGUCCAUCUGUCAAAUCCAUCCAUGCCUCUCCAGUUUAGAGACAAGGAUGUUGGGUGGGACAGUGCCAAAUGACUUGCACAAUUCCAGAUAGAUGAUGUCAGUUGCCCUUCCUUUAUCCACCAACGCUGUGGCCUCAUUGUAGAAGGCCACCAAAUUUGUUGGGCAUGAUUUGCCCUUAGUGAAGCUGUGUUGGCUGUCACCAAUCACUCUGUUAUUGUCCAUGUACCUUAGCAUAGUUUCCAGGAGGAUCUACUCCAUGACCUUGCUGGGUACAGAGGUGAAACUGACUGGCCUGUAGUUCCCUGGAUCUUCCUUGUUUCCCUUUUUAAAAAUGCAGGUUACGUUUUCCCUUUUCCAUGUUUUCACGUUUCCCAUAUGCAGUCCCAGAAGCAUAUGCUGUCCACCAGAGGAAGUGGAAGGUCAUCAGUCCAGGCACAAUGCCAACCAUUGGACUACUGGAUGCUCUGGGAUGGGACUCUUCAGAUGUAGUUCAGGUACUUCAGGAUAGCAAUUGUAGCUGAGGAUUUCCUGUAGCUGAUAAAGGCAGACACACAGACACCCAAAUCCUUAAAAUCUUUCAUUGAUGAAAUCCUUUGUCAUGGCAUUUUACAAGUGCUACACCCUGCAGCAGUUUGAAAGUGUUUCCUUAAUUAUAGUUACAGGGCAAACUAACACAGGAAACUGCGUGAUCCUUCUAGGAAACAUCAGUUUCCUCUUCUCACCUCUUUCCCCAUUUUCACUCUUCUGUUCCAGGAGCUAGGUCUUCAAAAAAUAUUUGUGAUCUUUUGGUCAGCCUGCCCUGACUUGGUAGGCUUCAUUCCUACAGCCCUUCUGAGCAAGCACUUGAAGCACACUGAACACUUGAAGCACAACUGAAUAAUGAGGGGAGUUACCUCCUAGUUUCAUACUUAACUGAGCUUUGUCAGCUCAUUUGUCACCUCUAAUCACCUCAUUUUCUGCACUGACUGACAAGCAACAGUUCUCACAGCUUCUCCUCUCUCCGAACUAGCUUCUGCCUGCUCAUGUCUUCCUCUUCUGUUAGCGUAGCUUUUAAAUUACUCAGAAUUACUUUGGGCUUAGGUUUAAGCCUUUGGCAAACAAGCUGUGGCCUGAUGAAGAGAACAUGGUUGUCUGUAUCCAGUGAAGAUGUCAUGUCAAGUGGUCCUGAUGCUCUCCUCAGACAACAUGCAUAAGCUAAUCACUGUCAUUUUCCUCUUCCUGUUUUCCCCCUGGUGUUCUGUAUCUGUACUAAUAAUACUGUUUGCUAAAUUGGGAAACUGGUAUUAUUUAGUGUACCUUUCUUUUCCAUGGAUUGCUCUCCACAACAGAAAUUUGUUGUUGGAAUGUUCGCAAUUCUGUCCUUGAAUACACUGUGGCUGUAAUGCUUCUGGUGAGCUACUGAAAACAUCAGCUUUCUAUGGUCAAUGGAAAUUGCCAUCCAUUGGCAGAUAAGAGAGAUAAUGAGCAAUAGACAAGCAACAGAAACAUUAAUGGUUUGUUUUUCACCUCUUAUGCAGACCCUCUGGUUUUAGCUAUCUUGUUGAACCCAGUAUUACCCUUAAAAAUUAAAUUUUUAAUCUGUUUAGAACACUUUGUUCCUGGGAGAGCAUGAAUGAGGGUGAUUAAAUUAUAGCUGUACUAUACUUUCCUUAGUGAUUGGUAACUAUAUUGUCACUCAUGAUGCUGUUCAUUGCACUUAGCUGCAUGGAACUGGGGAAAAACAUGACAUUUCCCCUGUACUAGACAUAAUGAGAAUCUAUGGCUUUUCACAGAAUCGUACAGCAGCAAAGUAUGGGAGUAAACAAAACAUGGGGGAGUUGUAUUAGGAACAAAGGAUUUUUUUUCUUCAAGACAUACUAUAAAAUAUCUACAUUUCCCUUUGGAAAUAUAAAUGGGGAGCUAACAGGUGCAAUGCCCACUUCAGGUGAAGAGCAAACACUAAUUUUUUAUCAUAGAAUCAUAGAAUGAUAGAAUCACAGACUGGUUUGGGCUGGAAGGGACCUUAAAGCUCAUCCAGUUCCAACCCCCUGCCACGGGCAGGGACACCUUCCACUAGACCAGGUUGCUCCAAGCCCCUGUGUCCAACCUGGCCUUGAGCACUGCCAGGGAUGGGGCAGCCACAGCUUCUCUGGGCAACCAGUGCCAGGGCCUCACCACCCUCACAGGGAAGAACUUCUGCCUAAGAGUUCAUCUCAAUCUCCCCUCUGUCAGCUUAAAGCCAUUACCACACUUCUUUUGGACCCAGCUCCAGUGCAACCAAACACAUUUUCCUAAUUCUUGAUUGGAAUUGAAAAUGACAUAUUGAAAAGCCGUGAUGUAAAAGGUGCCAUCGAAAUGCUUUUAUUAAAACCAAAAAACCCCAAAACACAAAAAUACACCAUUUUGGCAGAGUGGCUAAAUGAAGAAACCAUGUCAUUAAUAUGUUCUGUAAAGUUUUAAGAAGGAAACUGCUGUGUUACUUCGAAAGUUCCCCUUUCCAUGAGUCAUAAAUUGACUUAAUUUGUCGUAGAACUUGACAGAGCUAAAUCUGUAGAGGACUAAGUCAGUCCACAAAGAGCCAGAGGAACUAUUCUUCUUCCUAGUAUGCUUGUGUGCACCCAAGUUAGUUCUUUGUGACCCAAGUGUUUCUAACAAAACAUUUAGGCAGCAGUGAACUGCAUCUCCCACAAUACAUGCUUAGGCAGAAACUUCCUAACUUGUGUUUUCAUCAGUAUCAUCAACAUCCACGAAGCCUUUACUUCCGCUUCUCAUAAAUGCCAUCUCCAUAAACAUAGCACUCUGCAGACUCGCUGAGCAGACCUUUCUGCAGUGACCUCUUUUUUGAUACUGGUACGCAUUAAAUGCUUUUGGGAGAUGAUUUUCUCUUGUCACAAUCACGGUAACUUACAUUUUCUUUUAAAAAUAGCAUCCCCUGGUAAGUCUUUUUCCUUCUUUGUAACAAUAUGUUGUCAAAUUAAAAUUCAUGAGACUUUUUGCUGUAUUACAGAAGCCUGCUACUUUGUUGGUUUACUCUUUAUCUACUGAUGUAAUGUCAGCACACAUGGAGCAAGAUCAGGAAAGCACUUAACAUUUUUCAGAAUGCAAAAGAAAUGCAGAAAAAACUGAAACAGCUCAGAAUAAGUGCUGAAAAAAAUUUUCAUCAACUUUUCAUCUUUUUUCAUCAAUUAAAUUUGUAAGUUUCCACAGAGAUUUUCAGAGGUGUUCGCAGCUGGUAUUCUGACCGUUUUUUUCUUAUCGAAGAGGUUUGGUUUUUCAAAAGCAACCAAAAUCAAGGUUUAAUAUUCUUAGAAAACCAGGUGCUGUUAUGCUCCUCUGUAGGGUUAUAACAUGUUUUAAUACUGCUUUUAAAAUGCUUUGGGGAAGGAGUCAGCAGAGUUUUGAGGGUUAAUUUCCUCCUCUUCCCCCCUUUUUUCACUCUCCUAUUCUCAGACUGAUCUGCAGCACAGGGAAGCAUGAUGGGCAUUUUGUGUCCCAGCUCCUCUGUGUGACACUUCACAUGAAGAGUCCUCUGCUGCCCGGCAAACUCCCCAUGGUCAGAGCACACCAACAGACCAAUACACCUGAUCAUGUUGUGGUAAUAUUGGCAACAACAAUCUUUGGUCAGCACUUGGCAUCGUGUGCCAUCAGAAUCACAAUGUAACUGCAGUUCCAGCAUAUUGCUCACUGCUUUUAGGGAACAGUAAUGCAAAACAUUAUUACACUAGCUAUAUUUCAUGACAGAGGAAACAGGACUUCGCUACCUGUUUAUAAUCCAUACUUGCAUGCCACACUGAGUAUUCAAAAUCACGCUGACAGGAAGUGAUGUUGAGCCCGGGAAGAAGGGACAGGUUGGGGGCAGGUGUGUUGGAUUUUGGUCUUUAUUUCUCACUACCCCACUCUGAUUUGAUUGGUAAUAAAUUAAACUGAUAUCCCUGAGUGGAGUCUGUUUUGCCAAUGACAGUGAUUGGUGAGUGAUUUCUCCCUGUCCUUAUCUUGAUCCUCAAGCCCUUUGUGGUAUUUUCAGCUGAGAGGGGAGCGAUGGAGUAGCUUUGGUGGGCAGCUGACCUCCAGCCAGGGUUAAUCCACUAUACAGAUUAGUUUGUAAGUCAGUGUUUUCAGCCAAAGGCUGUGUACCUGGGAUGAUAAAAAUGACUGGAGAGGUUUUCCAUGAAGGAUCAAUAUAUCCCUCAACUGCUGCCUGAGACUUCCACACUCCAUUUCUUGUUACAAUUGCUUACUUUUUCCUCUACACCAGUAUGUUUUAAAGAUUGUUUUAAGUGUACAUACCACCCCAGUCAAACUCAGGAAUUUCAACACUUUUGCAGUACCAGAUGUUUUGAAUCAGGAGAUACGCAAAAUCCUUGUUUAGGUAGAGACAUUCUGAUGCAGUCUAGUGCCUUCACUACUCAUGGAAUUGUUAGGGAUGCUACUGUGGAUUGUAAAGAUGAAUGCAAUGUCUCAGGCAGCCUUAGUUGUGGUGUUCCUUUGAACUCUCACACUACUUGCCACCAUCGUAACUGGAGAGAUAUGAAUUGAUGGGUGGACUGUUUGAUGGAUGAGGAAUUGGAUGGAUGGUCACAUCCAGAGGGUAGUGCAAGCAGUUCACAUCCUGCUGCAAUUUCCCCAGAAUGUGUGAACUGGAAUUCACAAGGAAGCUGGAAGGAGCCAGCGGUAGAUGUCUGUGUCAGAAUAAAUCCGAGCACACGAAGGGUUUCUCUGGCAGGUAGCGGUGCAGUGAUGGAGUGUCGAAUCCCGCCCUGGAUUGGCUGGAUCUGCUGCCGGCACGCUGCCAGGCGGAGCACGGGAGCUGGACCAGAGGAACAGAUGUGCUGGGUCUUGUGGGACAGGUUCUCUUCCCCAUGGAAAGAAACGCUGCCCUUAGGCUCCUGCUGCUUGUUUUGUACAUGGGAUUUGCAGUAUCUGAGGAGGAAAUGAAUGGCAGUUCACGUGUGUUUUCAGGUCAAGAUUCUCCGCAAAGAAAUGGGCUUUCAGUGGGUUGAAUGCCUAAAUACUGUUUCUGCUAGCGUGGCUGUAAAAGAUCUUCAUUCCCAGGUGUUGCUUCUAUUGGCAUUAGUGACUCUCCUGUCAAAUGUUUUGUUAAAGCCAAUACAUUUUUAAAAAAUACCCUUUAAAGGAUUUGCCUGGUUAAAAUAAUAAGUUACCGACUGACUCUCAGAUGCAGUGAGAAGAAAGUGCAAGAAAGAAGUUAUUUUGUUUGGUUGGUUGGGGUUUUUUUAACCAAAUGAAAACAGUUAAAUUUUUGAAGGAUGGAGCAGUGAGAGUGUCCAUGAAAUGAAGUGUCAUCUAUGAAAUUCCACUUUCCUGGCAAGCAGUUGGGCCAUCAGGUUAUUUGUCAGUAUCUCUGGCCAGUGCAGGGAAAGAAGUUCCCAUCCAUAAUUAACACGCUUUGGCCAUGCAGUUCAAUACACACCCUUUGUCAAUAGUUGAAUGUAUGAAGAAAGAAGAAGCUUUUGUAAAGUGUAUUUGGGGUGAAUAAAUAAAUAUAUAUGCAGAAUCCUGUCAUUUCUGGGCACUGGAGCUCUUCCCAAUAAGGGUGGCAAGACGUUCAAUGAAGAGAAGAGGAACUCUGUUGUACAGGUAAACUAGAAGAUGCAUGUAUUGAAGGCAGUAUUUGCACCAAGCCAAAUAUUUUCCACAACAGAAUCAGGUCGACGUUAUGAUGGUGGUGUGAAGCCAAAAUUUGAUGUAAAUCAAGUAGCAAUUACACAGGUUGUCAGCUACAACUUGAGCAGUAAAGGACAGUGCAAAAGAGCAUCCACCCACAGCCACUACAGCCCUCUCAACAUCACAGUUAGUGGUAUCCCCUGCAUUCUGUUCUGGGCCAAGAGGAUCAUGAUUAAGUUUGAAAACCACACGCAGGUGGAUUUGACAGAGAAGACAUUUGGUGUCCAUGCAACAGUGGAUGUUGGAGAGUCAAACUGCAGUGAAGACAAUGCGAGGCUUUCUCUGAAUUUUGGUGACAUUGGCAAUCUAAAGGGACUUGUUAUUCGAUUCUUACUAACAACCAACCAUUACCAGCUGUCUGUUCAGAACUGGUUCAGCUUACACAGACUUCAACUUCUUUACAACCACUCCAUGCAAGCGACCUUUAAUGCAACGAGAAUAUAUGCACCAGCAAGUUACUCCUACCACUGUGAACAUGUCAGCAGCUUGCAGGGAUUUGAUGCACUUCUCAUACCCAGCUCUGCAAAUGAUCUUUCCAGCCUUUGGGAAGUCACUUUUAUUGAUUUCCAGAUUCAAGGUUUUAAAAUUCAAGAAGGACAUUUUGGCUAUGCAAAAGACUGUGCAUCGUUAUUCUCCCCAGCAAUACUUAUGGGAUUGGUUACAUCACUCAUUCUGCUGCAGGUUCUUGCCUGUGCUCUUCAUAUGUUGAUCCACCCUAAGUCUCUUGACAGGCACUAUGAAUGCAAAGCUUCUCCUGCCUAUUUUCCACAGAUGAAAGACAGUGACAUGGGAGAUGAGAAAGAGCCACUGAGCAGCAGUGGAAAUGAGUCUUACGAACUCAGAAACCAACAGCUCUGUAAAAUCUACAUUUAGCAGUGCAUAUUUAUCUGUCGCAGUGAAACAAGUGAUAUUUUCUUC